CACCGGGUUGCGUCGGCGUCUUCUGCGGCGUCCUCCGCUGCUCUCGGAGUCUUCGGAGCCUUCGGAGCCGCGACCCGAGCGCGCCCUCGAGAGUCAUGGAGAUGAAGGCCGUGUGCGUGCUGAAGGGCCAGGGCCCGGUGGAAGGCAUCAUCCACUUCGUCCAGAAGGAAAAGGAGCAUGUUGUGGUCUCAGGAACCAUCACAGGAUUGACUGAAGGCGAGCAUGGAUUUCACGUGCAUCAGUUUGGAGAUAAUACACAAGGCUGCACCAGUGCAGGUCCUCACUUUAAUCCUCAAUCCAAAAAGCAUGGUGGGCCAAAGGAUGAAGAGAGGCAUGUUGGAGACCUUGGCAAUGUAAUUGCUGGCAAGGACGGUGUGGCCAAUGUGUUUAUAGAAGAUGAUCUGAUUGCGCUCUCAGGAGAACGCUCCAUCAUUGGCCGCACAAUGGUGGUCCACGAGAAACGAGAUGACUUGGGCAAAGGUGGAAAUGAAGAAAGCACACAAACAGGAAACGCUGGGAGUCGUCUGGCAUGUGGUGUCAUUGGGAUCGCCAAGUAAACAUUCCCUGGGAAGCGAUCUGAGUCCUAGUAACUCCUAUGUUAUCUUGCUAGUUGUAGAAAUUUAACUUGAUAAACAUUAAACACUGUAACUUUAAAAAAAAAUGUAAUUCGUGUGACUUUUUAAUUGCUUUAAGUACCUGUAAUGAGAACUGAUUUAUGAUCACUUGGAAGAUUUGUAUAAUUUUAUAAAACUCAUAUUCAGUUAAAAUGUCUGUUUCAACGAUCUCUGUAUUUUGCCAGGCUUAAUAAUCUGGGUAUUAAACUUAAUUGUCUGAAUUUCUUCACUUCUCAUUCAAGCCUGCAAUAAACAAAUACACCAUAUGGCACUGAAUUUUGAACCUACUAAAGCAUCCAAAUUGAAACUCUAAAUUAGCUCUCGAUACCCCUACAUAGAGCUUGAACAGAACAGAUAUAGUAGUAUGUUGACAGGUAUCACAUGGUUCAUAGAAGUCACUUUUCAAAGUGUUUUAAAUGAUGUUUAAAUUUUUAGCAGCCGGUCUUUCAGCUAAGACUAACCUCAACUUAAAUCUUGGACAAAUACCUUUUGUCAGCUUCAGGGAAAUUUGGAUGAUUUGUCUGAUGGGCUACUUAGAUUUUGAUUCAGUAAAAUUAAAUUACCUACCUGCCAAAAUAGCACGUCCUCCGCUCCGUACACAGAGGAACAUUUAUUUCAUUUGUGCCGAUCUGCUUCCGGAUUAGCCAUUUAAAGGAAUAUACCGUAGCAUUUUAAGGUGGCACCAAGGGAAUGCUUAAAUGUGGUUUGUGUCUAAGGAUUUAUACAUCAAAUUAGUGAAUUUAAAUCUAGUUCUUAAUUGUAAGUACUUAUUAUGUACCUAUGAGAAAUUGCUUUUACAUGAAUGUUAACCUAAUUCAGAUUUGACUCUGGAGCAUAGUUGUUUCUUAACCGAAAAUUGUCGAGAAUGUUAUUUCUAAUAGAGCAACUAGAAAUAAGUUACAGUUCUAAUUGAUCAUAAAUAUAUGAUAUACUUCAUCAAAUGUAGGAUAUCGCUUGGGAGAGGAAAAGCAAAUUUGGAAAAGGACAAUUCGUAGUUUUCAAAGUUUUGAAAUUGGUGAUAAAGAACCUUCUGCUCAGAGUAAGUGGUUAAGAUCACUGUCAGAAUUUGAAACUAUGAACGGAUUUCACUAAUGUACAAUUUGGAGUACAUAUGUGGGAUAGGACUCAAAUAUAGGGACCUGCUUAUGA